GAAAAUGACGUCAUGCGGACAGCACGCUUACACGGACGUCCCUAGUAUACCUUCGGCUUAAAGGAGCAUUUCACCCGUAGAAACAUUAAUCUUUAUUGAAAGUGUGUCAUAUUUGUAGUCGAAAUGUAACAUACAUUUCGAAUUUGGUGCCUAUUUGACAGAGAAAAGGGGUGUUUGUAAUCUUACUCCCUCAACAAAGAUAUUACACUUCCUUCUUUCAAUGAUGCAAAAUGAUGAUUUUUACAUCAUUGAAAGAAGGAAGUGCAACACUGAAAUCUGUAUUUCUCCUGUCUCAGCGGCAACUGAGAAAAUGAUGCAUGACCAUUCAAAAACAUGACUGGGGUUCUAACUAUACAAAGCUUUAUGCAAAUGGAUGAAGUGUCCCUUUAAACGGUAGCAUAUAGCGCUAACUCAGCAGUCACAACUUAGUUUUUAGCAUUGUAACAACAUUGUAAUUUAAUGUUGGGGCAUACGUCUCAACUGUAACGUCACAGUUGUUGUUAUGUUGAGAUUGGCAAAAAAUCCAGCGGUCUUUUGCAUGCACGAGGUUUAGAUAAGGAGGACGAAAGAAUCUUGUUUUAGGCUCAGAAUCUGUCAUUACCAUUUACAGAACUCUUAUUAUUCAUCUGCUUAUAGCUGAAUACAGUUAUUAAUUCUAUGGCACCUUUAAUAGCCUUACCUGAGCAUUUGUCCAGUUAUUUUAUCUGCUCUGCAAGGUAAAAAAAUAUAAUAUAUUUGGCUGAUUUAGAUUAAAAUGCCCUGAUGACCUUUAAGAUAUCUAUAACAGAUAUCCAAGCAGUGGCUCAGUGGUUUAUGUAGGUUGUCUACAAACCGGAAGCUUGGUGGUUUAAUCUCUGGCUCCACCUGACCAAGUGUCGAGGUGUCCUUGAGCAAGACACCCAACCCCAGCUGCUUCUGGUGAGCUGGAUGUCGCCUUGCAUGGCUGACAUUGCUGUCGGUGUAUGCAUGAGUGAGUUGAAUGGGUGAAUGUGAGGCAACUUGUAAAGCACUUUGGAUGGCCAUGGGUCUGUUAAAAGCACUAUAUAAAUGCAGUCCGUGAUACUAUUUUAAAUACAGAUCUGUUGUGAAAAGGAAAGACAUUUUACCAUCCAUAUUUCUUCACAUUUCAAGGUUGAACUAAACAGUUUAAUGCACUAUGCAUACAUUUGGUAUGCAUGAAACACUUUGUUUCAUUUUGAGCUUUGAGAAUUUUUAAUACCAUUCCAACACCAACUGAAUGUAGUAUUGCAUACCACUGAUACCACUAAAAAUCUAACUAGUAACAUUAGAAAACCGUAGAUAAGACAAAUAUAAGGUGAAUUUUUAGAUUUCGCCGGCCAGUUUUGAAGAGGCCACAAUGUAUUUUUGUAAAACCUGUUAACUCAGAUGGUUUUUGAACUGUGCAUUACUUCUGUUAUUUGGUGCACAGCCUACAGUAGCUUAUGUCAGUUUAGACAGUGCUUCACAUAGUAUUUUAGGAAGUGACGUGGCCACCCACCAUCAGGAAAUGGACUAUUUUUUUAGUAGAUGUAAGUCAUGGGCUGAGGGCAGAUGGGCCAUGUACCGCAAUCAAGUACUAAGAGUAUUUUGAUCGUAAGGUAAGAAAAACGAUAAACAGAAAGGUGUCGUUGGAAGAUAGAAGCAACACUGUGUGCAGCCACUAUAGCAGGACAGUAUUUAUUACAAUCUGGUAUCACAAGACGUAAGCACAUCCUGGACAGUCCACAAUGUGCGAGGUGUUAAUCGUUCAUACCUGCGAGGCCAGUGAAUGGGCCGAUUAUUUAAAGCAAAUCUUGACUGCGUCAUGUAGCUUUCUGGAGGACUCCAUCGUUUUGUAUAAUAUAAAUGAAAAUAUUUUGUUGAAAAGUCAGGAGCUGUUUGGCUCCUGCAAGUGCGUCAUACCUUUACUGUCUGCAGAGUUCAUGGACAUGCAGAAUGACCCGGAAACACUGGACACUUUUCAGGAUUUUUUCCAACCCCCUCACAAAGUUGUUGCAUUUUUGUGUGGAUUAUCAGAAACGGAAAUAUCCCAGGGCUAUUUUGAACACUGGCAGUAUUGGAGAAAGCUCAGUUCAGACGAUGAACCAUCAGUAUAUGUUUCUACUGUACUGGAGUGCAUUAAUGAUGGAUCUAUUGAUGCAAAUUGCCAGGAGAUUGAUAAUAUUCAACUAGAAGAGCAGAGAGAUCCUCAAGAUGACAAGGAUGACUUCAUAUUUCCUGACAUUCCUGAAGAUUUACCUUUGCCGGAUGAGAUAGAACAGCCAAAUGAUGAUGAUGUUGGUCCUACUGAGCCAGCUUCUUUAAAUGUCUCUGAGCCAUCGCUUGAAGACCAGCCCUGUCUCACUAUUCAACCAGACAGAGUUCUACGUGGGACUUGUGUGAAUAUUUAUAUAAUCAUGAUGAAGAAUUUAGAUGACGAAGACGGCCUGGAAGUGGAGUUUAGCUCUGAACACUCGACAGCUAAACGAAUGCCUGCGACUCUUGUAAACAAGUGUAUUGUUACUGUACAAUCACCUGAUAUGCCAGCUGGGAUAGUCUCCGUAACGCUUUAUAAAAAUGACUCAGCAGUCUGUUCAUCCACAGUAACAUAUUACACAGAAAUGGAAGAAAUUUGCACAUACCUAGAAAAAAUGUCUGACCCUAUGCAGUUCAUGUGUCAGGCUUUCAACAUCACAUCAAAUGUUCCUGAGUCACUGGAUAUUUUGCUUGCUGACUGUCUCAAAAAACGGAUGCCUUUGUGUGGAUUAGAGAUGUUUAGUCAAGUUGAACAGGAGAACACAACAGGCAAUAGUCGUGAUGUGGAACUUCCAACACUGCUUCACUUCUCUGCUAAGUACGGUUUAAAGAAACUGACAUCUUUGUUAAUGCGGUGUCCUGGAGCUUUGCAGGCCUACAGCUUGAUGAACAAAGAUGGGGAUUACCCAAACAAACUAGCAGAAAAGAGUGGCUUCUCUGAUUUAAAACAGUUUAUGGAUGAAUAUGUUGAAACAGUGGACAUGGUUAAGGUCCAUAUGGAAGAGUCUCAGAACAGCCCUGGGGAUGAAAUCUAUGAAGACAUGUUGACAAAAUCCCAAGAGUUUAUCACAGGAUUUGAUAAUGAGGACAUUUAUGAGUGUAUGAUAAAACUCAAUCCUGAGAUGAAUUUGUAUGAGGACCUAGAGAGUGUUAUGGAAGACGCCAACCCAGAAGAGAGAAUGCUGAGAAAGUUUUUUGAAGCCAAACCUGGCAAGUGUUUACAGUCUGAACCUACGGUAAACAACGGAGAAUUACCUGAUAUGGAUGGUGAAUACCAUGACAUGGGCGUUGACCCAGAAGUUUAUGGUGAAUUGGAGGAGGAGGAGGAUCCGUACAAUCCAUGCUUCCCAGAUGAUGUUUAUGAUGUUGUGGAACCGCAUCCCAACGUUCCUGAGCUUCUCAAUCGACCACCUGCACCCAUUCCAAGACCGGUCCAUAAACAAAAUCCUGAGGAGAAUGCCACUUACAUUUCUAAAGUGUUUUCUCUUAAUAAAGACCCUCCUCUAUACUCUGUAAGCAAAAGGCCAGAAAAGGAUAUUUGUACAGCACCUGCACGGCUGGUGAGAGACAGAGAAAUGAGCAGUGACUAUGACCCAUAUGCUGGCAUGAAGACUCCCGGACAAAGGCAGCUCAUCUCUCUACAGGAAAGAGUGAAGGUGGGUGAGCUGACCGUUGAAGAGGCUGUUCACGAGUUUAAGGCUUGGCAGUUUGAUCAAGACGGAAGAUCGCAUUCUCUCCGUUAUCAGCAGGAAAAUUUACAGAAGUUAAGAGACAGCAUCACCCGACGCUGUCGAACCAAAGGAACGACGGAGCUUAUGAUUACAGCGCCAAUGCAAACAAACGUUCAUUGGGUGCCUAAUAAGAACAUAAAUUGCUCGGUGUAUGAAUCUACACCUCGUUCGAUUACCCAACCCCCUCCUGUGAGCAGACCGCUGCAGAGAGGAAGCUGGCAGACAGGAAGCACCUCAAGCACUUCUAUAGGUAGUAGCAGUCACAGAUUGAGCAUUCAGAGCACGGUCAGCUCCAGCAGCGGAGCAGAAGGAGAAUUUGAGGAACCUCCGGAUAUUCCGCUCCCUCCACGGCCCACUCGCCCUGCAGCAGAUAGUCCACCUGUGCUCCCUCCACCCAGAGUCCCACCACGACUACCAGAGCGGAAUGCAGAGAGUGCGCUACAUGAACGUUAUGUAUCAAAUCCCUCCCGUGCAAUUCCUCCAGUGACGCCUCAAAGGCCCAUGCCACCUCCACCUAUACCAAGACGGACGUGGUGAAGACCCACUUCAACAUGGGUGGCUUUCAUUUUGUUUCACUGUGCAAUUUAUAUGAACUUUUCUAAGUGAGCUGAAAUGUCCAUUUAUGGUGGGACAAAAGACUGUAGCUCCGACUUCAGUGUUUUUUAAGUGCUGAAAUUUAUCAGACAACUUGCAAUGAAAAUAACCAUCUUAUUAGUUUCCAUUUCUAAAUGGUUUCAGAUGAAGGAAUGCAUUAUGUUUUAUGGGUAAACUGAUAUUGUUGUCUUAAAGAUAUUGGCUGCCCUACAAAGCCAAAGCGCAGUAACCAGGCAUUUGGUCAAAAUUGAGUUAAGGGUUGAAAUGGGCUUUGUGAGAUCUGUUGUGUCUUGUGACAAAGUCUCCUGGUUUAAUUUUGUCCCAUUUCAGAGAAACGUACGUGCCAAAAUUGCAAUAACAUGUUUGACUGGCUGGUGUAAAAAACUUUAAGGGUAUUUUUCUCAGUUUCAGUGUUUGCGUAGUUGAUGCACUUAGCCUUUGUAGGGCAGUAUACCAAACAGCAAAAUUAAGAAUUUGCCUACUUUUUUAUUUAAACUUUGCAUGACAAAAUACAUUCUGCAAUCAUUUUAGUAGCCUAUAUUUAUUCAUGGAUUCGCCUUUCAAUGCUGGUUAUGUUAAAUAUCACUCUUUACUGAGCUAUAAAGAGUAAAGAAGGAAAGCAGUAUAUUUAACAGCACAAAAUGUGUGAAUGCGUGGUGUUAAGAGAGCAAGUGACAGUGUGAGUGUCUGUAUGUGUGUUUUUCGCUGUCCCUUUAUGUUUGUUGAACCACGAUGACAUGUAUGUUUCUUUUUUACUUGCUUCUGUAUUUUCUGGAGGGGAGAAUGGGUAACUGAAUUAACAGACAAUAAA